CCCAACAGAGUGUUUUUUUUUUUCCUUCUUCUGGGAACUGGGAAAAGAAGAGAAGAAGAACGAAGCUUCGUCUUCAACAUCCUGAUCUCGUUCUGGUCAAAUCGAAAUCAAAGUGAAACUGGCGUAGUUUCAGUUCAUUUCAUUUCUAUAAUUUUGUAUCUGCCUCCAACUUCAGAAGACAGAGAAGAGAGAGCGAACGGAGGAUGAAGAGGGAAAGCGAGUUGGUUGGACUCUGCAUAGAGGCAGCAUGUGAGAGUAGAGAAAGCGUCGAAAAAUGGCGGAUGCAGAGGCGCAGUCUCGAUCGCUUACCUUCUCCUGUCGCCGACGCUCUCCUCCGCCGCCUCAUCGCCCGUCGUCUCCUCUACCCUUCCCUCCUCGAGGUUUUCAAACACAGCGCCGAAGAGGUUGACGUGAGGGACAACGGCUCCGUGGACGCGGAGUGGAUGGCGUAUUUGGGAGCUUUUCGUCACUUGCGCUACUUGAAUCUCGCGGACUGUCAUCGAAUUACCACUUCAGCUCUUUGGCCAAUUACAGGAAUGACUACACUUCAGGAGUUGGAUCUUUCUAGAUGCUUCAAGGUCAAUGAUUCCGGGAUCAGCCAUCUUCUCUCCGUUCCUAAUCUGGAGAAGCUGCGUAUUUCAGAAACUGGCGUCACUGCCAAAGGAGUCAAGCUUCUUGCCUCUCUUCAAAACUUGUCUCUUCUUGACUUAGGUGGCUUGCCCGUAGAUGACGUGUCGUUAACUUCGUUACAGGUACUGAAAAGGCUACAAUAUAUUGAUCUUUGGGGUAGUAAAAUAUCAAAUAAAGGUGCAGCUGUUCUCAAUAUGUUCCCAAAGUUGACCCAUCUAAAUCUUGCUUGGACUAGUGUCACAAAGUUGCCUACACUAUCAUCUCUUGAAUUCCUGGACAUGAGCAACUGUACUAUUGAUUCUAUACUUGAAGACGAUAAAUCUCCUUUGGUAAAGCUUAUUUUCUCUGGGGCUACAUUCCUGAAUGAAGCUGGAGCCUUCUCGUAUGCAAAUACAAAUCUGGUAUCCUUUUUGGAUGUAGCCCAUACCAGCCUGCAUAAAUUCUUCUUCUUAAGUAAAAUGAAAGUAAUAGAACACCUCAAUCUCAGCUCAUGCAUGAUGGGGGACGAUUCAGUUGAGAUGGUUGCAUGUAUUGGUGGUAAUUUGAAAAGUCUGAAUCUAAGUGGUACCAGGGUUAGUUCUGCUGGAUUAGGAAUUUUAGCUGGACAUGUUCCCAAUCUUGAAAUUCUAUCAUUAUCUAAGACACCAGUGGAUGACACUGGCAUCUCAUUUAUCAGUAUGAUGCCUUCAUUAAAGGAUGUUGACCUGAGCAAUACAAACAUUAAAGGUUUUCUACACCAAGGAAAGGUUGAUGUGGACUCCUCACUAUCCCUGAUGGCUUUGCAAAAUCUUAAAUUAGAAAGGUUGAAUUUGGAGCAUACGCAAGUUAGGGAUGAAGCUUUAUACCCCUUGUCAAGCUUACUAGAGCUGAGAUAUCUAUCACUUAAAAGUGCUUCACUUGCAGACGUCUCACUUUACUAUUUAUCGUCAAUUCCAAAAUUGACAAAUCUUAGUGUUUGUGAUGCGGUAUUGACAAAUUAUGGGAUUGAUAUAUUUAAGGCUCCUGAAACCCUGAAACUGUUGGACCUCAGAGGUUGUUGGCUCUUAACUGAAGACAGUAUCUUGUCAUUCUGUAGACAUCAUCCACAAGUUGAAGUCCUACAUGAACUUGGUACUGUAUAUCCUUUUAAUCAAAAUGGUCCUAAUCAUUCCUCUCCAUCACGAUCAACUUCUAGGACUGUGCAAAUGGCUAAGAAGAAAGAUCCAGUUCCGGUAUUACCAUAUCUUGCAGAUCAAAGAUUAAAGUAUAGCAGGGAUGAGUUACUUGCAUUGCAGUUUGCAUCCUUCCCUCUUGCAUCUAGUAGUGAGAGUGGGAAUUCAAUAUUUGAGAAACAAUUGGACUGAAUGGUGAAAUCUCCUUUUAUAUAAUUGUUUGCACUAAUGCCAUUUGGCAAGGGUAUGUGAUAUGAUUAGAGAGAAUUAAUAGCCCAAGUCCGAUGUAGUUCAAUUGUUCAUACUUCGAAUGCACAUGGUCAAAGAAGAAUCAUGUUUCUGUUAGACAAAUCGAGUGUGAUGCUGUGGACACGUGGGAUGUUGUGAAGGAUUGCUUCUACUUAGUAGUUUCCGCAGGCUCCCAAGUAUAGGAGAGUGUAGUCAUCAGGAUAGUGUUGCUUCAGAUAGAUCAUUAACACACUUCAGCACUAGAUCAGUCCAAGACCCUUUGUGAUGGUUUGUAUUAAUUUUGAUUUCUCUGAAGGGUAGUCAAUUUCAAGGUUUCUUUCUCCUGUUUGUGUUUGAUUUCUCAUUUAAAUAUGUAGAAGCAGCGUGUUCUCUCAGUGUCUGGUAUUCCUAGGUAGGGUACUCGGAUAGAAGUACUAUAUACUAUGGGAGUUAGGUUGAUGAGAAGGAACUAUACAGAGAAACUGGUACUUAAGUUUGUGUUUUCAUCGUACUCAGCCAACCACAGUUCACAAGUAUAUCGACAAGACUGAUGAUACCCGUUAUGUGUAAAAUUCUAUGCUUCUAUUAUCAACCAGAUCGAGGACAGGCGGCGAAUGGUAGGAAGGGAUCAAACGAUACUAUUCACUUGUGGAUAGAUAUUGCAUCAACACAAAAAUGAAUUGAAUGAAAUGGAAUUUACAGACAUGAAGUAGGAGUUUCCACGAAAAUAGGAAACACAAGGUCAGGCGACUAAACCAUCUCUAUGUACAGUAGAGGAGACUUCGACCAUUUUUACCAUUUGAUGAAAAUUUAAGUUCAGAAUUACAGUUGUAGCUAGUUUUUUUAUUUAUUUACUCAAUGGGUAAUUAAUUUGCUAGUUAUAAUGUUUUUA